AUGUCGACUCAAUCUCCUCAUCCUCCGACCCCUAAGGGCUCUCGUAACAACCGUCGGCCUCAGAAGAAGACCAUGACCCCGCAAGCUCAGAAACCUGGUCUCCUCUCCACACCUCCGUCAUCUCCGCCUGGCAACAUGAGUCCAGCAAUCCAGGCUGUUCCGUCUAAUAACUCCACGAAUAAGCAGUCUCAGCAGACUUCGCGGUCAAUGAAGAAAUCGAGAGACAACAGAGCUUCACCUGCCACACACAAUGGAUAUUACAGCAAUGGACACCAAAACAAUGGGUACGCGAACGGAUACCAGAACGGAUACAGAAACGCACCAAACCAUGCCAGUGUGACUUCUCCACAGAUGAAGGAAAGCGCCGCCUAUGCAGGACCAACCUUCCAUGCAUCGCCUGCGCCCUCGUCUCUACCGAUGCCCAAGUUCCUUCCAAAGUCUGCCCCGGAUGCAGAUCUGGUUCCACCCCUUGAAACAGACAGCGAUAGUGCCGAUCUUUCACCGUCGGAACAAGAGACAACUCCCUCGAGGCGUCGCAGUCGCAUUUCAAAUGUGAACCAAGAGCCCCAGCCCACCACCGCCCUUGACUUUAUGUUCCAGGCCGCUAAGAAAGCGAAAGAGCGUAAUUCCACCAGCAGUACUGAUGUGAGUCGGAUCCGGUCACCCCAGACUGAACCAGUGGCACGCCACAAUUCCGGCGGCAUGGGAACUGUUGAUAUGGAUAAUUCGCGCUACUCACCUAUCGGCCCCUCGUUCGCUACGUCCUAUCAGGACCGCAUGGCGGCACUGCGCCCGUCCAGCGUGCCUCAAUCUACUGAAAUCAGCGAUGCCGAGCGCAAAGCGAAGACCGAACAGCUGAAGGAUUUACUGCUCAACCCACGUCCUCAAAAGCCACCCUCUGCGGCUCCUUAUUCGCCAGGUAACGCUGGGGGCUUUGGGAACUUCGAACCGCGUCAGCCCGGAAGUUUUGACAGGCACUCGCCAAAUUUUCCACCGUUCGCGACGCCAAGUCGAGCUUCGUCUGGUCCUCCUAUGGCACAUCAUAGUAACCCCUUUGGUAACCCACCACCUCAAUCGAACCCUCACCUUCGGAACCCGCACCUUUUUGCGAAGCCCGGCUCGCCACUGCGUGAGGUCAACCCGGCUCCAUAUCAAUUCCCAAGCCGAGGCACUGUCUCGAACGGAUCAUCCCCGGGUCCUUAUCACCAGUACAGGCAGAGCCCGAAUCCUCUGUAUCCGGGACCUGCUUUCCAUUCCACAAAUUCACCCUCGCCUUUGCCUUCUCGGUCCAUGGACACCCAGCAGAUUGAGAACGACAUUCGACGUGUUCUGAAGCUUGAUGCUUCCACGACAUUUGCUUAG